AUGGCAAAGCUUAAUUUCCUUCUUUUGGCCAGCUGGGCCGCCAAGUUGGCUGCGGCCAAGGAUGUUUACCUGGACUGGAACGUCACUUGGGUCAAUGCCUCUCCGGAUGGCUUUGAGCGUCCUGUGAUCGGUAUCAACGGUCAAUGGCCGUGUCCGCAGAUUGAUGUGGACGUUGGUGAUCGUCUGAUUGUGGACGUGCAGAAUCAUCUAGGAAAUCAGUCUACCGGCAUUCACUGGCAUGGAUUCCACCAAUAUGGUACUGGUGUCAUGGAUGGAGCCACAUCUGUUACCCAGUGCGGAAUCGCCCCGGGGGAGCACAUGCAGUAUCACUUCGAUAUCAACCAAACUGGAACAUAUUGGUACCACUCCCACAACAUGGGUCAGUAUCCAGAUGGCUUCCGUGGGCCAUUGAUUGUUCACGACCCCAAGCCACCAUUCCAAUACGACGAUGAGUUCACCAUCACCUUGAGUGAUUGGUAUCAUGACCAGAUGCCGGACCUGCUCGCCAAGUACGAAUCGGAAGAAAACGAGGCAGCUUUUCACGGUCGUGAGCCACUUCCCAAUUCCGCACUGAUCAACGAUUCUACCAACACCAAGAUCAAAGUCAAGCCAAACAAAACGUACUUGGUGCACAUAGUUUGCGUUGGCAACUGGCCAGGCCACACCUGGGUCUUCGAUGGUCAUGAGAUGACCGUGGUUGAAGUAGACGGUAUAUACACUGAGCCUUAUCCCACCGGUGACAAGAAGCUUCGCCUUGCUACUGGACAGCGUAUGAGCGUUCUUAUCCACACCAAGUCUGAUACUAGCAAGAACUUUGCUAUUUGGAACAGCAUGGAUGUCAACAUGUUGUUCUUCUUUGAGAACCGUCCCAUCCCGGCAAACUACAACCCCAAUGUCACUGCAUGGCUCGUUUACGAUGAGGCAAAGCCUCUUCCCCCGGCACCUGUGAUUGCCGAAUUGGACUUCGUGGACGAUGUUGCUUUCGUUCCCGCCGACCACGAAGCCCUACUUGAGCCGGUGAACCACCAGAUUAUCUUGGAUACGUCCUCUGCCGAGAUCGACGGUAUCCCUCGCUUCACCGUCAAUAAUAAGACCUACAUCGCGCAGGAUGUGCCCACUCUAUACACAGCCAAUACGGUGGGUGCGGAGUUUGCUUCUAACCCCGCAGUGUAUGGUCAGGUCAACCCCUUUAUUGUGAAGCACAAUGAGGUUGUUGAGAUCGUUAUCAAUAAUCACCACAACAACCUGCACCCAUGGCAUUUGCACGGCCACCAGUUCCAGGUUCUGCAGCGAUCCGAUGAAGGCCUUUUCACUGGGCAGUACUUCAAGAAUGUCUCAAAGACACCCAUCCGUCGUGAUACAAUCAUGCUUCAACCUCGUGGACACACUGUGCUGCGAUUCCGUGCUGAUAACCCUGGUGUCUGGCUGCUGCAUUGCCACAUCGAAUGGCACGUCGAGGCUGCCCUCCCCCCUAAGAGCCACUACAAGGUGUGCGCCGCGUACCCAAAUCCCACUAGCGGGAACGCCGCUGGUAAGAAGGGACUCAAUACGUCGGGUUUCAAUACAAAAGUUCCCACUGAGGACCACGGUGCUAUGUAUCCCGAACCAGCUAAGGCCGCACCGCCUUCUUCCCAGACUACCAAGGCUCAGGGAUCCGGAGCUCAGAAGCCCGCUCCCCCAGCCCCGGCUCCCCAAGCUCCAGCUCCUCAAGCUCAGGCCCCGGCUCCUCAUGCCCAAGCCCCGGCUCCUCAUGCCCAAGCCCCGGCUCCUCAUGCCCAGGCUCCGGCUCCUCAUGCCCAUGCUCCUGCUCCUCAUGCUCCUGUUCCUCAUGCUCCUGCUCCCCAUGCUCCUGCUCCCCAUGCUCCUGCUCCCCACGUGGCUCAUGAAUAUCCUGCCCCUCGCCCUGUUGAGGUUGUUCCCGUAUACCCUCCCUCUCACGACGAACCUAUAUAUGCUCACGAGCAUGACUCCGAGGGCCCGUGGCCUGAGCCCCACGUUGACCAGAACCAUGGCCAAAUUGGUGAUGGAUCAGAUGGUCGCCCACCCACAUAUGGGCACACUGAGGACACGAAGGGUCCAUGGCCUAACCCUCACAAUGACGUGUCUCAAGGUCAAGUUCCUGACGGACCCGACGGCAAGCCUAUCAUCGCUCAUACUGAUGAUACGAAGGGUCUCUGGCCUUAUCCUCACAAGAACAACGAAUACGUUCAGAUUGGCAAUCAGAUCAUUCAUCCUGCCCCAGACUCUGGUCCCAAUGACCUGCCCAAGGACUUCCAGUACUGGGGACAGUAUCAGCAAUAG